AUGGAAACACUAGUCACGAAAUGGGGAAACAUGUCAUUAGAUGAUAGAGAAGGCGGUGAAGUGAAAUUGAACGUGACUGAGAGAUCGAAGAACAUCACCAUAGCUGCAAAAAUUUUGACCAAACGAGCUUUGAACACAGAAGCUGUUAUACGGACUUUUAACCCAAUUUGGCGAUCAAAGAAUGGGUUUAAGGUGCGUAACAUGGGAAACCAUACCAUUUUAUUCAUUUUUGAUAAUGAGGAAGAGGUAGAGAAAAUUUUGAAGGGAGAACCGUGGAGCUUUGAUAAGCAUUUGGUGAUGAUCAAGUGGUAUGAUUAUAGUAUUCCAGUUCAGGAUUUAGUUUUUGAACAUGUAACACUGUGGGUGCAAGUGCAUGACAUCCAAACCAAUUAUUUAAGUCGAGAAAUAGCUGAGAAGCUCUGUGAAGCAGCAGGAAAAGUCAGUACAGAGCCAACCUUAGCGGAGGUAGACCGAGGCAACGUAAUGCGGAUUAGAGUUACAGUUGACACAACCCUUCCUCUUUGCAGGGGACGAGUUUUUACACUUGAAGAUGGGUCGAAGGGAUGGGCAUCUUUUAAAUAUGAGCGCCUUCCGAAUGUAUGCUAUUGGUGUGGCCGGCUGGAUCAUUUUGAUAGGGACUGUGAUCGGUGGAUACAGAGUACUGGCACUCUAACCAAAUAG